AUGGCCGUCCUCGCGCCGUGGGGGCGACGGUCUGCCCGCCGUGCGCCUCGAGGUGUGUACGCGUCGCAGAUGGCCGAGGCCAACUUGUAUACGUGCUGGAACGGCCGGCUGCUCACGUCGAAAGAUGCGCCAUAUGCGAUUGUCGUGACGAGUGUGUUGAUCGUGGCGUUUCCGGCGUGUUGGCUGGCAUGGGAAGCGCCGUAUUUGUCGGACGCUGUGAGUAUUGCGCCUGUGGUCCUGUUUGUGUACUUUUGGCUGAGUGCGAUGGCGCAUAUGAUUGUGACGGCCUUUACGGACCCAGGCAUUGUGCCGCGCCACUUGGAUCCUUCACCGGAGCGAGAGACUGCGUCGUCGUCUGCGCCGUUCGCGAUCGAGGCGCCUGUGUUUGAAGCCAAAGACAAGCUGAUCCCGCUAGAGCGGGUGGACGACGGAGGCGACGCGUCGCUCGGGACCAUGACGACGAUCGUGUCCAAAUGGUGCACGACUUGCCGUACCUAUCGGCCACCACGCUGCAGUCAUUGUCGCUCCUGCGAUAUGUGCGUGGAUGGCCUGGAUCACCACUGUAUAUUUUUAAAUGCGUGCGUGGGCCGCCGGAACUAUACGUCGUUCUACGCCUUCUUAUGCCAUGCGCUCGGCCUGUUCUUCGUCGGGCUGGUCGGAUGCAUCGUGAAGCUGUACUACCUAGCAGCGCCACGCACGCCUGCCCAGGCGCGGCCACGAGGCACGUCGCAGCGUGGGUUUGUACAUGCGCUGCAGAAAAGUCCCGAAAGCGCCGUGUUUUUCCUGCUGGGCGUGAUUUGGCUUACUCCCGUCCUGUGCUUGUGGACGUACCAUACGUGGCUGCUAUGCCAAAAUCGGUCGACCGUCGAGCAAAUCCGGCUGGAAACGACGGACCAUAUGUACGAUGUACAGCGUGUGCCCGGCACAGCAUGGGAACACACCGCUGUAGCGCGUGCGUGUGCCCAUGUCUCUGCGCGUGUACGCAACUUGGUCGUCCCGGCCGACUUUGCCACGCCGCUCGAUGCACCGAGCGACGCGCCGCUUGGGUUCGCGCGCACCAAACCGGCCAUGCCGCGUGCCUGUGGACCUCCACAGGAUGAUCGUUUUCUUGUCGGUCCGACGACGACCAGGCAGGAACGUGGCACGCCCAGCAUGCGCCUUGACGCUACGAUCGAUGCGUCCAAGCUGCGUGUCGUCGAUCUCCGCUCGAUCCUCGUUGACUUCGGCGUGCCAGUCCCGAGAAAUGCCCGCAAAGCCGCGUUGGUCGAAGCGUUUGAGGAGCACGUUCGACCUCGCCUGAGCGCCGACACGAAACCUGCGGCAAAGAGCCCUGCUGCAUCCAAGUCGGACAUGUCCCACGACUUGAAACCCGCCUCGAUUGGCAUUGGCGCUGCCGGGAUGCGCACCACGUCUGUGUCUCCUCUAGCUACGCCGCCUGUGCUGGAUAUUCGGUUCUCUGACGACAAUCCGUUCCAAGCAUCGACGACGCCCAAGAAAGAGCGGUCCUCGUCGCCACUGAUGCACGACGUCAUGCGUGCGCCACAGACGACGCCGCCGACGCACGCUGCCGUGCAUACGCCACGAGCGACACCUCCCACCCACGCAGCCGCGCAUACGCCACGGACGCACGCCACGGUAGGCACGCCCCGCACGCCUUAUACCCGCACGCCGCAGCAGGUGCAGCACAUCGCCGCGCAAGCGGCCUCGCGUGCCAAGACAUCGGCGCACGACGACGUGCCCAGCGUGAUCCCACCGAUCACGACACAAGUGCGCGAGCGUUGGCGUCCGCUUCUUGUGCGCUGGGCCCUGUGGAUGUGCGCUGGCGUCUGGCUAUGGUACUGCUGGCGGACGCGGCAGGCUGGGUACUGCGAUACCUCGACGCCGCCUUCUUUGCCCUUGUCGGCAUGGGACGCACUGACCUCGCCGCCCUGCACGCCAUGCCCACCGCACGCCGUGUGUGCGCAGGGCCAAGUGACAGCAUGUAAGUCAGCGGACUAUAUGCGGGAGCAGCCAUGGCAGGCGCAAGUGCCGGGCCUGGCGCAGAGCCUGCCCCUUGCGUGGCGCGCCGAGCGAUGCGUCCCAGACACGUACAAACUCGUGCUAGCCUCGGACUUGGCCGAUGCGAUGGUCGAGUACUUGGCCGAGUGGCAUGGCCAAGUGCGAUGCCAGCGUGCGGCGCCGAUGGACCGCGCGCCUGCGCACAAGUUGGGCCGCAUUGCCGUCUCGGAAAUGACGCUGCGCAACAUUUUGUAUGAGCGGGUGAUGGACACUAUGGACUAUACGACGUUCUCUACCAUUUGGGACAUGGCCACAGCCGGCCUGCUGGAGCAUGCGCCACACGAUAUGAUGGCGCUUACGUCCGACUACGAACGCUGGUUCCUCUCGCCACGGGCGAAAAUGCCGGUGCUCUGUCGCUUGCGUCUGUAUGUCCUCACAUGGCUCCUCCGCCACCGCACGCGCCUGCUCACGUCGUUUUUCGCACUUGCGCUGGUGUGGUACGUAUCGCGGCGUGUGCAGCAGACGCGCACACGCCAGGCCCAUAUCGCCGCGUACGCACAGCAGGUGUGGGACCGCUUGCACGCCCAGGCGGACCGCGCUACGCGCGAAGGCGAGCCACGGGGCCUGCCAGUGACGCACUUACGCGAUAGUCUCUUGCCGGCCGACAUGCCGCCUCGACCGCGGCAGCAGGUUUGGGCGCACGUCGCCAAGGUCGUGGAACGCAAUGCCAAUGUCCGUGCACGCCAGGCGCAGUGGCAUGGCGAGUGGCAGCGCGUAUGGGAAUGGAUCGGCAUGGCCUCCGCGCCCGCCACGCCCACGCCGCCAGCACAGCCUACGUCGCGUGCGACGACCGAUGCAUCGUCGCAGGUGCCUACGUCCCCCCCACGGCAGAGCGCGUCGCCAGCGCCGCGCGCGUCCACGCCGUAG